AUGGACCCAAAGAAAUUUUAUGGUACUCUACGAUAUGCAGCUGAUAUAGAAUCCGAUGAGAGUGACGAUCCAGAUGAUUUAUCUGGCGACGAUGCUGAAAGUGGCGUACAUUCAAAAAUACAAACCAACCAAAAUGAUCCAGAUUCAGAGUCCGACUAUUCAUCUGAUGAUGAUUUGCCCCUAUCAGAAAUUCAAAGAUGA